UCCUCUCUCCAUUUCUCUCUGUCCUCUCCAACAGUGACGACAACAACAACAAUAACUUCAACAACAAUAAUAAAAAAAAAGGGCACCAAAAAGGAAAUAAAUAAUUUUUUUUGAAGCAGGUCUGCAGGUGUCUAUCUUUCUCUCCUCCUCUCUCCAUUUCUCUCUGUCCUAUCCAACAACGACGACAACAACAAUAACUACAACAAUUAACAAGGGCAACAAAAGGGAAUAAAUAAAUAAAAUAAAAUAUUGAAAAAAAAAAAAAGAAAUGUCUUCCCGGAGCAGUGGAUUCACAGUGCAGGCACCAAGCUCCAGAGGUAAACCCUGAAGGCAAAAAAUAAAUAAAUAAACAAAUCAAAAACCACACACAGAGACAUGAUCUGAACACAAGGGGUGGUUGUGGUUGGCCGUGGUUAGUUAAGGCGUUGCUUUGUUUCAGGGCAGUGACAAUUGUUUCUCUCUGCAGACACUGGAAUGUGCAUCAUUCCUUCAGGUUCCUUCCUCCUCCCCACUUUUCUGUCUUCCUACCUGUCUACCCAUCUAUCCAACUGUCCACGUGUGUACCUGUCUCUCUGUCCACGGCUCGGGACAGGACAGGAAUCACCCACCCAUCCGUCCUCUCCUCUGCUAGGGAUUGCGGUUCGCUCGGCUGUGUGGCUGGGCCUCCCGGAUUUUGCUGUUGGCGCCCCGGCCCAGAAUGGCACCGACAUCUGGCCCAGCGUCUUUUGCGUGGGAAGUGCGAUGUGGAUCCAGCUGCUGUACAGCGCCUGCUUCUGGUGGCUGUUCUGCUAUGCUGUGGAUGCCUACCUGGUGCUCCGGAGGUCGGCAGGGCUGAGCGGGGACCUCAGCCCCUACCCCAGUGGCAACCCCAGGGACACGCUUUUGGCUCCUGGCUCCUGGCGUCUGAGCCCCCCUGGUUCCCCCAGGUGUGAGCGGGGGCUGGAGCACGCCAUACCUCAUUACAUCACCACCUAUCUGCCUUUGCUGCUGGUGCUGGUGGGCAACCCCAUCUUGUUCCAGAAGACGGUGACCGCAGUGACCUCGCUGCUGAAAAGAAGGCAGGGCGUCUACACAGACAACGAGAGGCUCGUGGGUGCCGCCGUCAAGACCCGCUUCUUCAAAAUCAUACUGGUUUUGCUUAUCUGCUGGCUGCCAAAUGUCAUCAAUGAGAGCCUUCUGUUCUACUUGGAAUUGCAGCCAGACAUCAAUGCUGUGUUUCUGAAGCCAGUCAGGAUGGCAGCCAAGACCACAUGGUUCAUUCUGGCCACCCUGAAUCCCGUCCAGGGCUUCCUCUUGGCCCUGGCCCUCUAUGGCUGGGCGGGCUGCAGCCGGGAUGCACAGCCCACUGGGAAGGAGAUCCAGUGGGAGUCACUGACCACCUCGGCCACCGAGAGGGCCUUCCCCUCACCGGACGGCGGGGGCCUUGCUCCCAGGAAGGUGACAAGGGGCCCUAUGGACACCUAUGACGAGGCCCUGAGCAUGUUGUCUGAAGCUUCCGACAACGCCAGCACCAUCGAGAUCCAAGUCUCAAGUGGUUCCCGCUCCACAGAGGACCCCUGCUGCAUUCCUGGAACCCACGGAGACCUCUGAUCGAGGUGACAGGGGCCGGGAACCCCGUGCUCCCCUCCUUGGCUCUUUCCCAAGGAGGCCGGGAACCAGACCCCAAAGCCAAAACAAUAAAGCAUCUCCCAGC